UUGACACGUACCUCAAACAAGCUGCUGUAACUUUCAUCGGUCUGUCCGACUCGUGGAGCUGUACACAGAGAGCACUUACAGAACCAUCGCAGCGUUGAGGUUUUUUUGCUAAGGCGUGUGGACUGUGUAAGCACAAACGUGUCCAGAGCAACUUGUUUUUGCCCUAUACUGUACCAGGUGUUCUGUAGGUGGAGUGUAAACACGCGCGUUAGACAUAGGUGUAGUGGACAUCAUGAAGGACGUGCUAAUCUUCACUGCCAUUCUAGCAAUGGCACUGGGAGUUGAAAGCCGUGUUUACUACUGUCCGUAUCUGCAUACCUGCAAGCCUGAUAUCCACAGUAGACAUGAGUGUUGGAGGAACGACAGCUGCAAGCCAGGAUUCUACUGCUGCCUGUCAUCAACGUGCACCACCAAGUGCCUGAGACGUGUGUCAUCAUCUACACGACAACUUCAAAAGCAGUGCCCCAAACCACAGCAGAUAAAAGUAUGCCCGAUACGUGACAGCUAUCAACAGGAAAAUUGUACGUCGGACAAAGAUUGUCACUCUCGUUAUGGCGGAGGCAUAUGUUGUCCUGAUGUGUGUGGAAGCUACUGUCAUCUUAAUUAUGAGAACAUUUAGACCGAUAAAAUAACAAAUUGCAUUCC